UCAAGAUAUCUUUCUCCCAGUCAUGCGAUUGGGGGGCAUGUCACACAACAUGCCAGGCAGCACGGCAUGUCGGAAGUGCAUUUUGGCGAGCCCUGCAUCCGCCAGUCUGGCUGGCCCUUCCGCAUGAGCCUGAACGCAAUGGGCCCUGACAUUGUAGAUUUUCAUCCUCGGGCGCAAGGGCAUUUCCUCGGUCCGCCCUCUGAAAGGUUCGCAUCCGGAUUCCUGUGUUCGCUUCUCCUUGCAAAGGGCUACGAUGACGUUAGGCUGGCAAUGCCCUUCCGUGUCCCGGACUGGAUUUAAAUGAGAAGUUUUACCACGGUCUCGUUGAACUCCUUGGGCCCUUCUUGACUUGAGCAUGAUCCAGGCAUACAUCUGCAUCAUGUUCUCAAGCUUCAACAACCAGGUCAUACGCACCGCUACAAUGACGGCCCCAGGUGCGCUCCCGGGCGGGACGCACACUGACCACCGGGUCGAGCUCGAAGCGGUAUAUUGGGGCCUCUCGGGGCUCUCCACGAUAUUCAUCGCGCUGCGGGUAUGGCAUCGAGUCUCAAGGCGCAUGCUGGGGGUCGACGACUGGCUGAUGGUGGCAUGCUGGUCAAGUUUCAUAGCCAGCGGCGUCCUGCUCACAGUGAUCGCCGAGACAGGAGGGACAAGGCACAAGUCCACCCUCACAGCCCCAGAGCUACAACUCCAGGCGAAGCUCCAGACCGCCACCCUCACGGUCUGGACCACAACCGCCCUCCUCGGCAAGAUGGCCAUCGGGUUCGCCAUCCUGCGCCUGCUGAGGGGGACGACCAAGUGGCACACCUGGCCGGUGCACAUCGUGAUCUACCUGACGGUCCUCACCAGCGCCCUCGAGAUCCUCCUCACCCUCUUCCGGUGCGGGAACCCGCGGAACCUGUGGGACCUACACGACGGCGGGCAGCCGGCGCCGCAGCACGCGUGCCUGAAAGAGGGCGCGGUGUCCGGCUUCCGCCACUUCGCGGCCGCGUGGCACGUCUUCGUGUGCUUCUUCCUGGCGUGCUUCCCCAUGUGGAUCAUCUGGGCGCUCAGGAUAACGUCGCCGCGGCGCAAGCACACCAUCAUGACACUGCUCGGGCUGCCGGCCAUCACGGGCCUCGCGGCGCUGGCCAAGGUGGCCGUCGCGCGGGCGACAGGUCUCGGCCAGGGGGCUGCACCGGAGAGGGACUCGACGUGGGAUAUCUACGCCCCCGCGGCGUGCACCGCCGCCGAGGCGAUGCUGCUCAUCGUGUGCGGGUCCGUCCCCGUCAUGGUCCCCGUGUGGGACAACCUCGUCCGGUCGUGCCGGCAGGGCUACGGCUCUGCGAGCGGGAUGGGGGGCGAGCUGCCGCAGGCGAGGCAGGGCGUCGAGGACGCUGGUCGUCGUGAGGGUUCUGAUCUCGAGGAAUCACGACUGGUUGGGCGGUGCUGCGAGGGUAUUGCCGAGUUGCCGUCGGUCGUGCAUGCGCGAGAGUCCCUUAGAUGCUCGCUGGCGUCGGAACGGGGCGUGGGAGGUGGUUUGCCGACUCGGUGGUACCGCGGUGAGAAGCGUUGGGGGGGAGUGGAGGUCGAAGGGUUUUCCGAGGGUCAUUGCAGUGACGCCGAGUCUGUCGUGUUAUAUACCUAG